AUGAAUACAAUCAAAUGUUUCUGUCUAGAAUGGUCUUUUACCGGUAAUAUGACUUAUGGACGAGCUGCUCACACAGCAUCUAUAUUAUCAAAUGGAAAAAUAUUAGUUAUUGGUGGAGAAGGCAUUGAUAAUAUUGCUUUAAAUAGUGCUGAAUUGUAUGACCUAUCAACAAGUACUUGGAUAGCUACUAGUAAAAUGAAUAAUGCACGAUAUUUGCACACAGCAUCUGUAUUAUCAAAUGGAAAAAUAUUAGUUAUUGGUGGACAAGGCAUUAAUAAUAUUAUUUUAAAUAUUGCUGAGCUGUACGAUCCAUCAACAGGUACUUGGACAACUACUGGUAAUAUGAAUAAUGCUCGAUAUGCACACACAGCCUCUGUCUUAUCAAAUGGAAAAGUAUUAGUUACUGGUGGACAUGGUAAUGGUUAUUUAAGUAGUGCUGAGCUGUAUGAUCCAUCAACAGGUACUUGGACGACUACUAGUAACAUGAAUAAUGUACGAUCUGUUCACACAGCAUCUGUAUUAUCAAAUGGAAAAAUAUUAGUUACUGGUGGAAACAAUGGUAAUGGUUCUUUAAAUAGUGCUGAAUUGUAUGACCUAUCAACAAGUACUUGGACGACUACUGGUAACAUGAGUAAUGCACGACGAUGGCACACAGCAUCUGUCUUAUCAAAUGGAAAAGUAUUAGUUACUGGUGGAAUGGGCUCCAGGAAUAUUAUUUUAAAUAGUGCUGAGCUGUAUGAUCCACCAACAAGUACUUGGACGACUACUAGCAACAUGAAUAAUGUACGACGAUGGCACGCAGCAUCUGUAUUGUCAAAUGGAAAAGUAUUAGUUACUGGUGGGAGUAGGAGUGGUGAUGCUUUAAAUAGUGCCGAGCUGUAUGAUCCAUCAACCAGUACUUGGACGACUACUGGUAACAUGAAUAGUAUACGAUAUGGGCACACAGCAUCUGUAUUAUCAAAUGGAAAAAUAUUAGUUACUGGUGGAUAUGAUUAUAAUAAUAUUGCUUUAAAUAGUGCAGAAUUAUAUGAAUUAUUUGGAACAAAUUAA